UAAUUUUCCAAUUGAUAUUUCAACAUACUGUUAGCUGCAUAGCAUUUUAUAUGUAUCUAGUAGAAAGAUUCCUUAGAGUUGCUCCUACAUGAUAUGCUUGCUGUGGUCACAAGUUGUGAGGUUGUGUUUUGUCUAACGUUUCAGAACAUGACUGUUGUGGUAAGCUGCUAUGUUUCAUAAUCUAAUCAAGGUUGCAAUGUGGUUUCUGUAAGUCAUUAAAUCCUUCUUAAACAGCUGGAGAGUUCAAAUGUUUCAAAGGUCUUAAGGGUUAGGUUGGUGAGGCUAACUACAAGUUGGUUUGAGUAAAUUCAGUUAAAUCUUGCUUUGAAUCUUGAUGUGGCCUUUAUAUUUGCGAUUGUAACAAUAUAUACUGUUUUAUCUCAACAAUAGUGAUAGUCAACCUUGAGUUUCUGGCCAAGUAUUUUAGAAUUUAAGAAUCCAAAAUAUCCUAACAGUGGAUACUAACCAGUAUAUAAUACUAUAUAUAACAGAUACCUCAUAUUUUUGACAUACAACAUUAUAUUACUUGACAGACAACAUAUCAUAAUGAAAAUUCAUGUUAGAAUACAUGAGGUAACAAAAGCAUAACAUUAACAAACUAAGAUAAAACAGCAUAUAACAGAACAUAAAAGGUACCUUAACACACCAUAAAGCAGAAAAAAGAAACACAGCUUGAAAUGACUUAAACAUGAACAUAAGUAUAAAACAUAACAUAACAUAACAAAACACAACAAAAAUAGAUGUACAGACCACAUGACUAUAACAAAAAAUGAGAUAUCAUGCAUUACAUAACAUAGAACAUAUGUCAUGUUAUAUAUAACAUGCAACAUAUCAUUAUCAUCAUCAUCAUCAUCAUUAUCAUCAUCAGGACUUCAGCCAGUAAAACCAUCAGUGCACCAAAGAUUUGACAUCAUUAUAUGGUUAGUUCAGUGGCAUGUUCAUGUCAGCCUUCCUAGAGUUCUCCUAAUUUAACAAGUAUCCUGUCUGAUGUUUUUGUCAUCUUUUCUUUGCUAACUUAAUGUCCAGAAGAAGCCAGUUUUUUUCUUGCCACUGUCUGUAUGUUAGGUUACUCUUUUGAUUGUUCCCUUAAACUUUAUCCAUGAUCUUGGCCCAUACAUGAUCAUUAUGAUUGAACAGACAUGACAUAACCAAGCAUUACAUAACAUAGCCUAUUUUGCAGAACAGAGCACAAUGUAUCCUAACAGAGCAUAACAAUGCAAAGCAAGCUGCCCCAUCAAAAAUUGUAGAAAAGAAGGGCUUCCACAAACAUCUGCAAGGCAAAGUUUUUUUUAAUGUUUCUUUUUUAGUGCUAUAAGCAUCUGAACUUGGCCCAAAUAAAAUGGCAUAGUUUGUACAUGCUGCAUUGUUAAUUUAGAACUGGAUCAUGGCAACAUGUUUUAAGGGAUGUUUCAGAUAACUUAGUUCAGGAUGAGAUAAUGAUUAAAAAUACUUUGGAAAGAGAUUAAGCUGUUGUUGCACCACUUCCUGGUGAAUGCAGGGGAAGUGGAAGAGGGUCUACAGUUAUGGCUCAUUAAAAUGCAGUCCAAUGAUUCUCUGGAGAGUUAAAAUCAGCUUCUCACCCUACCUAACUUCUAUCAGAGUUUGGAUAAUGAGAAUAUGCCUCUCACAAAACACCAUGCAAAUAGAGUGAUGAGCCUUUUUAGUUCAACAUUUUCUCUCUAAAAUCUAAAGCAGACUAUGAACCAGACGAUGGAUAGCCAUGUCUGUGAAGUCCUUUGUGUCUAAACCAACAAAAUUCUGCUGACCUUUCUGCUAGCCUUCAGUUUAAAGCACAGCAUUGCUGUUUCCACUAUUAACUAAUUUCUUGAAACUACAGAAAUGAGUUUUUUUCAAAUUUUACAAGCAAUGCCUUUUGAGUUUAGAAUACACAUCAUAUUCUUGUGCAGAUGUGUUGAUUUUAGUGUGUGGCACUGACCUUUUGUUAAUUUUUCUGCAUUAGGCCCUCACUAAGAAAAUCUUAGACACCCCUGUCAUAUAGCAUGGAAAGUGUAGCUAUCCCCCUAAAUUCCAGUGCUCCGCAUGAAUGACUUUUACAUGAAAUAAUUUCUAAGAAAACAAUUGAACUUCUUUUGGCUUUCUGAACAGACUGCUAAACAAAAGCUUAACCCUUUUCAGUUCUUUAAUUAUAUCAAAGAAAUAAUUAUAUUAGGAACUGUAUUGAAAAGAAAAACUUGGAUAGGAUAUAUUUAAAGUUGUUGGCUGACAGUGAGAUGCUGGUUUGCUAGGGAAUUGACAAUAACUCUGGUUAUAAGCUAUGAAUAAAAGCAAAGUCAUAAGAGUGCCUUAGCAGUUGUUUAGCAGUUGAGAUGUGCAAUAUCCCAAGUCAGGUCAUAUGUUAAGGGGUAGAUGUGUUGAAAGGAUGCAUUCUCAUAUUGCAUAUAAACAACUCAGCCCUUCAGUUGCCGUUCAAAGUCCAAAUAUUAAUGAGAUGAUAUUUUCUUGACCAUGCGCUAUGCAUCUAGAGAAUCAUGUUUCUAACUUUAAAACUUGUAUUCCCAUGUAACUGCCAUACCAAUGUGUAAGUAACAUUAUGUCUUUGAUGUAUGGUAGGUAAUAAUUUGAUGAUGUGAUAAUAAUUUGGCUUAUGUUGAAGCUGCCAUUUAAGGCAUUGCUUUUAAGCCUGUGUUUAGGCAUUAGUUCUAAAGUUUUUACAGGUAAUUAAUGAACAAAACUGAUUAUCUCAGUUAUAUGUGAUGUAUUACUAUUCAAGUUAAAUAGUAUGCCUUUACAAUAAUGUUGCAAAGAAGCUCAAUAUCCUGCUUAAUUGAAGCUGCAAGCAAUUCCUUUAAGCCUAUUUCCAUAUGAGUAGCAUUUUUUGUUAUUGCAAGCAUGAUUGAUUCAGAUAGAAUUUGUCCUCUUACACACAGCUUUGUUCCAGUGCCUGUAAAAUAUCUGUCAAUUUUCUUAAUUACAAACAUGGCCUUCUUCACAGUCCCCUUAUCCUUUCAAUAUGCAUUAGAAAAUAGAAAGAAAAAAACUUUAAUGCUAGAUAUCACAGACAAAAACAAAUUGACGUCAUAAAAAAACCAAUUCAGGUUGAUCUGUUAAUGUUUUUGUCAGGUUUUUUGUAGAGAUAGGUUUUGUCCAAGGACCCUUGUUAUCAACUGCGAGGUUGAUUGCAACUUGUAAACACUGUAUUACUUAUAAACAAGUAUUGGCUGGUGUCAGGUCGCAUGCUCAUUUGUUUUCUCUUGUUCUGUGAAAUUACUGAAGAAAUAUGGGCGUAUUUCUAGAAACAACGGUUUAAAUAUGCAGUACAAUACGAGCAUGUUUUGACAUAAUUCAAGUACAUAAUUAAUUUGGUUGUGAAUGCUUGAUCUUGACAUUAUUUACAAGCGUUUGAAUGUAUGACAGUUUUUGUCCGAUGCUGCUCCUUAUUUUUGCCAUAAACUGAAACAUGCUUGUAACAAGCAAUACCUUGGAAGCUAAUUGGCCUAAACGGCUGAGAUAUAGAAACACAGGCCCUCUUUCUACGAAAUCGCUGCCAUUUUGAAAUUUACAAAUGAAGCCAAGUUAUGCCCUUUUUUAGUAAACUUAAUAUAUAUUUCACUUGCUUUAUCUCAGCUAAUUUGCAACAAAUUUAGCAGUUAUGGCCUAUCUCUAGUUAUCUUUGGUGUUCUUUCAAACUUUUUGAGGCCAGAUUCAAAAGAUUCAAAAACACAUUCAGCAGUUUAACACGUGUUUUAAGUGGGCAGAAAAACUUUUUUGUACGAACACAUUCUGUGUUUGUAUGUAACUGAGUACUGAGCGUAGAAAUUUAAGUUUAUACUAGACAUAAACAGCUGGUCAUUAAGUUCAGAAAAAUUUAUAACGUAAAGCACGUGGAGUCAGUGUUCAGCUUCUCAGAUGAUCACUCCACGUGUGUUGGAAACAAUUUCUUCUACGAUGAUAACAAUACAGCGACGCAUAAAUCAAGAACUUUAUUUUAAUGAAUAGAGAGAGACUGGGCGUAGGAGUUCAAUUAGUUUGAAUCCAUAGCAGCAACAUAUGAAUUCUUCAUUGUCUAAUUUUCUCGAUGUUUUUUGUCAAAGAACAUCAUAUGCAUGAUGUCAUGGGUUUUCGAAGUUUAGCAGGUAGAGACUUUGUGUCCUAAUGCUGAUUUUACUGUAGUAAACAAGUAAAUUUUCCCUUCAACACAUGGUAACUACCAUAAACCACUAGAAACUAACGCCAGGUUGCUUCAGUGACGUUUAUUAUCUCCCUUUCUCCCCCCUAACAAACUUGAAUUGCUUCAACCAAAGAUCAGUCCGUUUUCGUUUAUACUGAGACCAUGAUCUCAAGCAUCAUUCUAUUUUCUGGACCAUUUUCGUUUUCAUUGCUUUUUUCGAAUGUAGAAAUAGUUCUGCGUAGCCAGUUAUUGUAGCUAAUUAGCCAGUGUUCAGUAGAACUAGUUCAUGACCGAAGUGGCUUGUCGAGCAAGAGUGACGUGCUAGAUUAUCGCUGGUGACGAAAUGUAUUUUAACUAUAAGUAUAGCUAUGUGAUGUUAGAUUUAAGUCGCUGUUCUUGAAGGCAUAUUUGGUGCAACAAGCAAUGCAUAGUUUUAGCAAGGAAUUUGAAAAAGCCAGAAUGCAAACCAGUUUACGACCGCAAUUCAAUGUUUCAUAACACAUCUUGAAUGAGCCCUGUAAGUGACAUGGUGCAAGAUCUUUCAGCAACGUUUCCUGGCAGAGCUGUUUACGAUGACCAGGCAUAUCGGCCUCGUGUACACCCCGGAAGAGUGCUGCAUAAACAGAGGCAAAGAACAGAUAGUUCACCAUAUCAUCUACCCCAAUAUCAGUCGCUGAGAGAAAGUGGUUCUUGGAGACGAACCUUUUCGGACCCUGCCAUUGCUGCUGGACCAAGAGGAAGUACAAGUCCAAAAGUGAGUCCCAGUCCAAAGGAACCAAGAUCACCCCAAGGCAUGUCAACCCAACAGGAUACAAGUCAGGUUUAUGGAAAUUCAAUUUCACAAGAACGACAAACACACCACAUGAAGAUUCUAAAUAACACUGGCUCUCUGCCUGAUGUCGCAAGCUUGUCUUUGGAAAUUCCGAGAAGCGUCCCAGAAGAUGACGGGUUAAUGAAGAGUCCACAAGCGAACAAUAAUAUUAAAUUCACCGUACCCACUUCCAUUCCAGUGAGACGAAACCUUAAUACUGGAAAACAGGUCUUUCCAAGACAGUUCUCUAAUUCAGAAAGCAAAGAUACCUUGUCAAAGGAGCAACAACAACGAUAUUUGAUCAACCAGCUUGCUCAGGAAAUGCAAGGAAACAAUUUACAUUCACCAACGUCACCUGCUUCAUCAAUGCCGCCUCCUUUUGGUUCCAUAUCGCCACUGGCUUAUGAGGCUGUUUUUUCACCUAAUUCGGGGCUAUCUUCUGUCACCAAUACGAGUGCUUUCGAGCAAGAACAGUACUUAAAUCUCCUCCGAAUGAAUGACAUGAUGUACGACCAGAUCAAUAAGCACGUACCGCGUUACGAUGAAGCACAACAGCAACGACAACAACAACAGCAGCAACAACAACAACAACAACAACAACAACAUCAACAACACAUGAACAUGAUGCAGGGUAAUAUGCAACAAAAAAUGAUGCAAAACCGACCUAUGAAUGUGAACCAGGUGAACGACGAUUUUGCCAACCAGUUUCGUAUGAGUGUCACUGGAAACCCGGAGCAAAGAGACGAUUUGCCAGACGACAUUUUGAACACCAUCCGCGUUGGUCUUGAUCCAUUGAAUUUCGAAGAUUACCAACUUCUUGCCAACUCGAAUUUGGAAGUUGCUGAUCAGUCCGUGGAAGAGCAGUUCAGGCAAGAUCGGAUAAAUUUCCCUUAAUAUAUGCUAAAUGUAAGAUUGAUAAUUGUGGCUUAUUGAUAAUGGUGGACUUCGUUACGAAUGGCACAACUAAACGGCCUUUUACAGCCACAAAACAACGUAGCCUCGUCAUCAUUACAUGGUGUGGAGGCGCUACAGAUUAUAUAUACACCUGACUGGUUGGACAGAUAAGAACUUCUGAACACCCUCAUAUGAGUAUCCGAAUCCUUAUAUGGUGACCUUGUUUUGUAUAAGGUUAUAUGUUAGCUGGCAAUAUUUGAAUACUUCAUAGUUGACAAGGGGUUGUAGCUUUGAUUUUUAGGGCUGAAGAAUUUCGCAAAGGUGAUUUGCAGUUAUUUCUUGAUCUUUUUUGCCAUUACAACGAUUGCCCCCUGUCCCAACUAUACUGUGACUAAAACUGAAUAAUAGUGCAAAGUGUAGAAGAACUGCAUAAUAGAAAAUUGCGGGCAAUCAUAAAAAAGAUUGGUUUGACGUUCAUUGCACUAGGUUUAUCGAGGUAUAAAGUUACCUUGCAGAUAUUAAACCGAGGUUUGUUUGCUCUGUGCGGAUAAGCCAAUAAGUUCUUUGCUUACAGUAAGGCCUCGUUUUGAAGUCGCUUUUACAAUUAACUGCCCUUUCGAAGGCGAUCCCUGUAGCCAGGUCUUGCAAUAAGUCUGCAUGGAGUUGCAGUACCUUUAUGAGCUCGGGUUUAUUUUAGCAUAGCACUUCAAGUAACAAGGUAUACGUUCAUCGUAGGCUUUUUAUUGAAGAACGACAAAAUUGGUUGAGUUCCUUUUAUAAUCUUAUCGAAAUUUUAUUUGCAUUUUGUUUUUAUCCCACCGUUAAAGCGGCGUCAUAAACUGUGAUACAUUGCCGAAUCACAGUUUUUUUUAAUUUUUUUUUAUUCCACUAUGCAAGAUAAAUACGGAAGCAAUGAAAAAUUGUGAAAAAUUUCAGUCGUUUUACACGAACAUAGAAGACAAAUGAACAACUGAUGAUAACCCUUAAGUUCUUCUUUAUCUUAUAUUAAUUUAAUAUUUGUUCCUGUAGCCUCGUGGUUUGUAGGCAUUCUAGCUAGUCUAGAGUAACUUUCAUCUUAGCUGGAAUAAAACCUUAGUAUAUUUUAGGUAGCUGUCACUUGGACAUGUUUUCUUGUCCAUCUACUAUAUAAUGUUACAUAAUCUAUUUGAAAGGAGUUUCUAUCGUAGAAGCAAUGAUAUCGCGAGGAGUGAAAUUAAUCGCGGAAAUUCCUUUGAAUCUAAUAUUAAAAUGAUCAAUAACCUAGAUUCUGGUGAUGCCACUUUUUAAAGGCCUAGAUAGGUUGACAAAUCACACUCAAUGAUCAUAGAUGUAACGCGAAUGACGAUUGAUGAUCUUCAAAUGCGGGUUGCGUAAUACAGAAGAGGAACCUCUGAUCGAGCACCUGUUUUUAUCCUUCUCUUCAAGAGAUAGAUUUUGAAUACAAAGGUUGUUAUUAGAUUUAGAUAUUAUGUUUUAAUUUGAUUGGCUUAUAUUUGUAAUGUUCUUGUCUUGAUUCGCCACUGUUCAGCUUAAUCACGUAUUUUUACUCGAUAUGCUAUAACCGUGUUGUUUUGGUCCAAGUGUCGUAUAUAUUUAUGCAACAGAACCAGUAUUCUAGGGGGUAUAGCCGAUAGAUAA